AUGGUAUCUUGGAAGGAUAUAACAAGAGUGGUGAACGGGUUGUCUCUGGUGUCCCAGGAGGCCGUCCGCGGCUCUGAAAGCGGGGAAUUGAAGUCCCUAAUCAAGGCCGGAGUCCUCUCCGCCACCGACCUUGCGGGACUCACGAAGGGCAAGCUCCGCGGCUUCGAUACAUCCAAUGCAACCGCCACCAAUUCCGAUGCCCUCAAUAGAAAUAAUAAAGCUAGCGUUGUUCACUUCAGGGUUGAGUCACUUCCAUCUCAGCCAUCUUCAGAUUCAAAUGCUAUUACUGCUGCCACUGCUCAACCCGUUGGUGCUCAGAAUGCCUCAAAGGCAGAUGCAGAGGCGGAUUUGGACGCUGCUAACGACAAUGCUCAAAGCGCUUCCCAAUCAAAUUCGAGCGACGUUAUUGUCAGUGGGAACAUCACUCCCCAACCGUCUCCAAAGAAGCUAAGGAAGCCCAGGGAGAGGAAAGUUCCCUCCACCCCUUUCUCCAGAGCGCUUGGGUUUGCUGGUCUUGGAGCUGGUCUAGCAUGGGGCACACUUCAGGAAUCUGCCAAGAGGAUUGCCUUUGGUACACCUGUCUCGCUAAACAACCAACAUGCCGUUUCCCCAUUCUUAUCUGAGAAAAAUGCAGAACGUUUAGCUCUUGCAUUGUGCAGAAUGCGUGGAGCAGCACUAAAAUUGGGGCAGAUGUUGAGUAUCCAAGAUGAAUCUCUUGUACCGGCUCCGAUCUUGGCUGCUUUGGACAUUGUCCGUCAGGGUGCAGACGUGAUGCCGAAAAAUCAGCUCAAUCAAGUUUUGGAUACUGAAUUGGGCCCCAACUGGUCAUCUAAGUUGAUGAGCUUUGACUAUGAACCAAUGGCCGCAGCAAGUAUAGGACAGGUACACGGUGCUGUUACAAAGGAUGGUUUGGAGGUCGCAAUGAAAAUCCAGUAUCCUGGAGUUGCUGAUAGUAUUGAGAGUGACAUUGAGAAUGUGAAAUUGCUGCUUACCUAUACAAAUUUGAUACCAGAAAAACUAUAUAUUGACAAUGCAAUGAAGGUUGCAAAAGAAGAACUUUCUCGCGAAUGUGAUUAUGAAUUGGAGGCCAAAAAUCAGAAAAGAUUUCGCAGUCUGUUGGCCAACAUGAAAGGAUUUUACGUUCCCAUAGUGGUGGAUAAUUUAUCAAGCAGAAGAGUGUUAACCACAGAACUAGUUCCUGGUAUUCCAAUUGAUAAGGUGGCAUUGCUAGACCAAGCAACUCGCAACUAUGUCGGAGCAAAGUUGCUUGAGCUUACUUUGAGGGAAUUAUUCAUCUUUCGUUUCAUGCAGACUGAUCCUAACUGGAGCAACUUCUUAUAUGAUCAUGCGGAAAAGUCGAUCAAUCUCAUAGACUUCGGCGCAGCAAGGGACUUCCCAAAGCUUUUCGUGGAUGAUUAUUUAAGAAUGGUUGUUGCUUGUGCAAAUGGUGACAGAGAAGCAGUAAUUGAGAUGUCAAGAAGACUUGGUUUUCUUACAGGGAUGGAAUCUGAAGUUAUGUUAGAGGCUCAUGUUCAGGCUGGUUUUGUUGUGGGUUUACCAUUUGCAAAGCAUGGAGGGUAUGAUUUCCGGUCAACCAAUAUUACUCAAAGCCUUUCAAACCUCGGGGCAACAAUGUUGAGACACAGACUGACGCCUCCUCCAGAGGAGGCAUACAGUCUUCACAGGAAGCUUUCUGGUGCUUUCCUUGCUUGCAUCAAGCUUGGGGCUAUUGUACCAUGUAGGGAACUUCUGCUUCAAGUUUAUGAGAACUAUCACUUUGGUGAAGACGGUGAUGAAAUCUUGUCAAGAAGUUCAUUUUCAUGA